CCCAACAUAAAUUCAGUUCAUUGAAUUUCAGUUUGUCAUUCAGAUCAGCAUUUUACUGCAUAGAAGAAAGCAACUAACUUUUUCAGCUAUGUCGUCCGCAGAGAUUGAGGAAGUUAUUGGACAGAAUCCUAACUUGCAGAACGAAUACAAUGAAGUAGAAGAACCUGGCAAUCCAGACGAGGAUAGCCACCCAUCUGAUUCCGGGAGGAAGAGCCCAACCGAGUUAGACCUACCAGGAACCUCCUACAAAAAGAUCGCCUUCGAUUCACUUGGCAUUCAGGAUGCUUUGGAUGACCAAGUCGCCGCUUUUGAGCUGGAGUCAGAGCAACCAGGGGCUCUUGAACCCGAAACCAUUCAACCUAACGAUGCCCGUCCUCCAACCCCGGAGAACUUCGACAAAGAGGAUGAGGACACCAAGGACACCCUAUCUGAAGCCAGUCUCCCAACCCCAGAGGAGUCCAACGAUGAAGAAGAAGGAGGAGACAACGGCCCCCCUUCGAAGAAAUUAAAACUUCUAGCAGCAGCUAGUUCUUUAUAA